UGGAGCAGACGUGCUGGCAAAGAUUUCUCACUUGGAGCCCAAAAUUCCAAAGAGCUAACCUUCCAUUUUCCCUCUCAAACUAUUCACUGGCUAUGGCGCUUUAGUUUCUCUCUCCUAGGUUUUUCACAGAAGCUUCAAACUUUCAGUUCAUUUUGGAUCAAUCUCCCAAUUUCGUUACAGGGAUGGCGAUAAAUUUGACGGAGGGCGCAAUAGAGUUGAUAUGCAAGGGUGAUGUCACGUCGGACAGCCAUUUGAUGCCUGUGCUUCAAGUGAUGGAUUUAAAGCUUGUUGUUUCUAAGCAGCAACAGCAACAGCAACAUCAGAGAUUCAGAAUGGUGCUAUCUGAUGGGUCGCUGAGUCAACAAGGCAUGCUUGCUACUCAGAGGAACGAGUUAGUCAAUUCCGGGCAAUUGCAGAUUGGCUCCGUUGUUAGAUUGACCAAAUUCACUUGUAACGUUAUCCAAAACCGCAUGAUUGUUAUUGUUAUGGAUUUGGAGGUGAUAAUGCAAAAUUGUGAGCUAAUUGGAAAACCUGUACCUGCACAAAGACCUUCUGCACCCGCGCAAAUGUCCAAUGAUCAAUCGAGGACAGUUUCUGGGAAUCCUCAACAUCAUGGUGGAAGUUCACUUGCUGGUGGGCCGGUUGAUAAAUCAAAUGUAAGUGCUACAGGGAAUCCUCAACAGUAUGGUGGAAGCUCACUUGCCAGUGGGCCUAUUGAUAAAUCAUAUGUAAGCGGUACAUUCCCACAACAAGCUAGUGUGAGAAUGAAUCAAUUAUCAGGUGCUUCGUAUUCCAGCAAUUCUGAUCCUGCAAGAUAUGUUACAACAAAUGAAACACUCAGUUAUUCUAAACCAGAGUCUGGUGCUAGAUUUUCUGCUCGGUCAGGAACAUUUAACAAUCCGAACAUGAGUUUUGGUGACUCUAGGCCUGAACUUUCCCGAUCUUAUCAAAGCAAUUAUGCUCGUACGCCCCAACCACCCUAUAUGCAGCCACCUGCUAUGUAUAUGAACAGAGGACAAGUGGCUAAAAGUGAAACAAUUCUCAGGAUAAUUCCCAUAGGUGCCCUUAAUCCCUACCAGGGCAAGUGGACAAUCAAGGCUCGUGUAACAUCCAAGGGAGAACUUAGGCACUAUAACAAUCAACGUGGUGAUGGUAAAGUUUUCCAUUUUGAUCUUCUUGACUCUGAUGGUGGAGAAAUCAGGGCAACCUGCUUUAAUGCAGUGGCAGACCAAUUUUACCACCAAGUUGAAGCAGGUAAAGUUUAUUUGAUCUCUAGGGGAACUUUGAAACCUGCCCAAAAGACCUUCAACCACCUUCAUAAUGAUCUUGAAAUUUUUCUUGAUACUACAUCAAUGGUACAGCUGUGCGCGGACGAUGACAAUUCAAUUCCACAACAGCAGUUUCAUUUCUGUUCGAUAAGUGAUAUCGAAGUCAUGGAGAACAACUCAAUUGUGGAUGUUAUUGGUGUAGUCUCAUUUAUUAGUCCAGCUGCUUCAAUAAUGAGAAAAAAUGGUACUGAAACUUACAGGAGAACCCUCCAUUUGAAAGACAUGUCUGGGCGAAGUGUUGAAUUAACCCUAUGGGGAACCUUCUGUAAUGAUGAUGGGCAAAGGCUGCAAGAAAUGUGUGAUUCUGGGGUCUUUCCAGUUCUUGCUGUGAAAUCGGCCAGGGUCAAUGAUUUUAAUGGGAAAUCAGUGGGGACUAUUCUGUCAAGUCAGCUGUUUAUAGAACCUGACUUUCCCGAGGCUCAGAAGUUAAGGCAAUGGUUUGACAAGGAGGGGAAGAAUAUCCAGUCAGUCUCCAUUUCCAGGGAAACAUUGAGUGUGGUUAGGUCGGAUGUCCGAAAGACUAUAUCUCAAAUUAAAGAUGAGGGUCUAGGGACAAAGGAGAAGCCAGAUUGGAUCACUGUCAAUGCAACUGUUGUAUACAUAAAAUUUGACAAUUUUUGUUACACAGCUUGUCCUAUCAUGAAUGGGGAUCGACCAUGCAACAAAAAGGUCACAAAUAAUGGAGAUGGGAGGUGGCAUUGUGAGAGGUGUGACCAGUCUGUUGCUGAAUGCGACUAUAGGUAUAUACUCCAGUUCCAGAUACAGGAUCAUACUGGCUUAACAUGGGUAACUGCAUUUCAGGAGUGUGGGGAGGAGAUCCUGGGCAUAUCUGCAAAAGAUUUGUACUACUUGAAAUAUGUUGAUCAAAAUGAAGAGAAAUUUUCAGAAGCCAUUCGUAAUGCUACCUUUUCCAAAUUUAUAUUCAAGUUGAAAGUGAAGGAGGAAACAUUCAGUGAUGAACAGCGUGUAAAGUCAACAGUGGUCAAGGUGGAAAGGUAUAAUCAUAUAUCUGAUACCAGGUUUCUUAUUGAUUUGGUGGCUAAACUUAAAUCAGGAGAUUCAAGUGCUUUUAACUCAAAGGCAGAAAGUUCAGUUCCUAAUUCUGGGAUGAGUAUUAGAGAAGCUGAGAGUAUUGGAAACAGACAACCUGCAUCAGCAGUUCCAAACUAUGUGGAGACUAACAGCAAUGCUGGUAGAGAUUUUGGGUUAAUGGCCAAUCAAAUGGGUCAGUAUGGAAACCGGUACAGUGGUUCAAGGCUUGCUGCAGCUGGCACUCCCAUGCAGGAAUGCUGUAGCAGCUGCGGGGCUGCUGGUCAUAGCUUUACAAAUUGCCCGAGCAUAAUGAGUGGGCCUGGACAGUCCAUGACAGGAGGCUAUUCCAACUCGGUAUCUCCCGGAGUAGGUGGUGGUGCAUCUGAUGAAUGCUAUAAAUGCCACAAAUUUGGACAUUGGGCAAAAGACUGUCCUGGACUGAAUACAGCUCCUCCUGCUUAUGGAAGCAGCCGCAGUGGCAUUUCCCCGGGAAGUUACGGGAAUGCCUCAAGGCAAAAAGUUGGUGGCUUUUGAAGAGACUAGAAGAAAUAUGUACUAAUUGAUGCCUGAUUGUCAAAUAUCAUGUUAUGUUGAUGGUAUAUAGCGUUUUCAAUGCACUGUUUUGAUUUAGGUUGAUGCGACCUACGUUUAGCAGUUUUGGGGGCUCAUACAUGGCCUGGCAGGCACCUUGUUUCUGUAGCUUUAUCAUCUCGUGAAGGGUUUAGUUAAUUAAAAUUCAACUUCUUAUGAAGUGUAUUAAAGUACCUUACUUUUCCCGAAUUUGAUUAUAUUUUGUUUGUAGAUA